UUAUUUCCCACACUAGAUAGCGAUGAAAAACGUGGAAUCAACUGAGCUCAUCACAUGCUGCAAUAAAAAUGCAACACUAACGAUACUCCUACAGUAUCGUAUUUUCUUCAUGUCACUGGUUUAAACACCCACAAAAAAGGGGCGUAAGAGAGGGAAAGGAGCAGUGCAGGUUGCAUGACGCUUGGGGCGCGCCGUGCCACGAUGACGCCAUGAAGUAUCGAGCGGGGUUUACCACGCAGACUGACGUCACGAUCACGACCUCAGUCAGACUGUGAGCACGUGAACAGCACGCUGGCGAUCACGCGACAGCCAAAUGAUGGAUCGGCUCCCAUUGGUCGACAGGAGCGAGCCCCUUUACUCCAUUGGAGAGGCGAAUGCACACCGCAUGAUCACCAACACAAUCGGACAAUAACACAUCGUGCCGUACGACCAAGGUACGAUCUAGGCUUCAUUACUCGACACGACGCCCAGCGAGUACCUUCAUUGCUCUGCAUUUUGUUUGUUAAUUCUUUAAUUAUAUGAUGUAAAGAUUUUUUUUAUUUCUUCAUUGAUGAACUUUCCAUUUAUUUUUUUUACCGUUGAGUGAUUGUUCGUUGUAUUUCGGUCAGUGUCUCGAUUGCAAUUAUUUGUUUAAACAAUGGAUCUAACUGAAGUGCCACUUUCACCACCCGCAUCCCCUCAGUUGAAACAAGUUCAUGUCGAACCCCUGCAGUUGUCGUUUAGUGUUGAGGCUCUGUUGCGAAAGGAGUCUGUGCAUGUCCGGCCGGAUUUGCCACCCACACCCCAAUCGUCCGACACCGAGGAGGAUGAGCAGCCGGCGCGUAAACGCCGCUGUAUAGAGCAGCAAUGCGAAUUGACCAAGAUGUUGCUAGACGGCACACCACCACCCAGUCCAGAGCCAGCUCGCGUCUCAGUGAUAAUGCAUGCAAAUCGCGACGGCACCUGUCGCCCAGCAACCCUUCCAAUUUCCGUAAUGAAAGCACCAAUUAGUCACCAAAAAGAAACUCCCUCAUCGAACAGAGAAGUGGAUAUGUCCAGCCACCAAAAAUGGCCGGAGCCUGAAAACAUUCUGAGGAACUUCCAAUUAAAAAUGAGCCUGUGUAAAGAAGAAAUCAUCGCCAACAGCAAGAACACAGAUCGUGAGGUGACGAGAAUGGAGAAAAUUGAAGGACAAAGAUUACAACCAUUAGCACCAAAACCAGCGCCCAUGGGACAGAUAACAAUGGUACCAGUAACGGGUAUCUUUGGAACGCCCAUGGUACUUCCCCGCACUCCUCUUCUUCUCGUUACAACACCAUCGACAGUUACUACAAAUACAAAAACAACCUCGACUGAUGCUGGGGCUCGAAGACGGGUUUACGAGUGCGAGCAUCCAGGCUGCGGCAAAAAUUAUUUCAAAUCAUCGCAUUUAAAAGCCCACACCCGGACACAUACGGGAGAAAGGCCAUUCCCCUGUCCUUACGACGACUGUGGCAGGAGAUUUUCCAGGAGUGACGAGCUCUCACGUCACAAGAGAACACACACUGGGGAAAAGAAAUUCGUUUGUUCGGUUUGUCAAAGACGAUUUAUGCGGAGUGAUCACUUAGCAAAACAUGUGAAGAGACACGUCAGAGACAAAAAUUCGACUGAUACGUUCAACCCUAACUCAUCAUCAACUCCUCAAAGAACGACAAGUUCAUCUCAAUUGCAAAUGGGACAGAGACCAGUGACGGUCAAUUUACUUCCAGUGCUUGCGUCUAGACUGACACACCUACCAAACUUAAUACCUCCCCAACUUGCCGCAUAAAUUAUUGACUAUUACUUCUCUAGUCGUUUUGGUUCAACAAUCAUGUUCAAACUUCAUAUGAGAACUCUCAAACAAAAGAAAAAUCGUACUAUGUAUUAUACUCUGUCAUGAGAAGCAUCAUGAUUUCUACUUAUCGAACAAAAUGAGUAAUUAUUAAUAAUGUAAGUGUGUCUGUGAUCUCUGAUGUGUCUAAAGAAGAAACAGCUCAUGGUCGAUGAAUUGAAAAACAUCGACAUGAGAAAUCGUAAGGACGAAACCGACAUUGAAAUAUUGUAUAUAUAGUUCAUGUUCAAAUGCUAAGACUUCUCCCUAGGAUUACUUUGCUUGUAAUAUAAUUGUAUAUAAAAGAUCAAUAUAGAGUUAUGUACUUUCUUAAAA